UCCAUAACCGAUAAAUACGAGGCUGGAGCUCACACGUUUGCGGAACAUCUAAAGAAUGUCUCCGAAAGAAUCACGCACUACCAAAACUUCUUCAAGGAAUUCGUCAAAUACACAGCCCGAGCGAAUCAGAGCAGCAAGAGUAUGCAGAAAGCUCUCGAACUCACUUUGGGCAUUCCGCAACGUGUACAUGACCUAGUCUACACUAAUAAUAUCCUACAGUAUCCCGGAGAUACCAACAAACUUGGACGACUCAUUCGACAUGACUCGUUUGAAGUCGCGGAAGGUGACGAGAGUGAGAAGCCUCGCUAUGUCUUCCUUUUCAAGAACAAAUUGAUGAUCACUGAAAAGAAUGAUUCUACUGAACCAACCACUUAUACUCAUUUGGCCACUAUCAGGCUUGAUAAAUACACAGUUUCUACACAUGUACUUCACGAAGACACGAUUCUUCUCAAACCAAACGAGCCAGGAUUGCCUAGUUUCAGUUUGAAACCUAAAGACACAGCGAGAUCUGAAUACGUGCGGAAAGCCUGGGUUAAGGAUAUCACCGAAGAACAGGAAACAUACGCUGCUGAACGUGAAACAACGGAGACGAUAUCCGAAUACGACAUGCAUCUCAGUGAUAUGCGUUCCGAAUUCAGCGAAUAUUCAGGCUCACGUAGAAGCAGUACUCAUGCUACUGGUCCGGAAGAAGGUGGCCCACCAAGGAAAAAGGUGAAGUCGCCUCCGGCUAUUUCACCUACCGGUUCAUCUACCAGUAUAUACUCUGGUGGAAGCAGCAGUAUAGAUUGGACCACAACUGGUACCACACUGGAAAUGCAAGGUACCCGUGUCACACGAACACAGUAUGGAUUCCGUACAUUACAAGAGUCAUCUGCUAAAAUGUGCCUUAAAGUAACAGGAUAUCCAUUGCCUGAAAUCACCUGGUACAAAGAUGAUGUACAAUUACAUGAAGAUGAACGGCACACGUUCUAUGCAGAUGAAGACGGCUUCUUUGCCCUAACAAUCGAUCCAGUCCAGGUAGAAGACACGGGUCGAUACACAUGCAUGGCCACAAAUGAAUAUGGUCAAGCGUCCACAUCAGCGUUCUUCCGAGUAUUGAAGGUCGAAAAAGAGGCUGCACCUCCAAGAUUUGUUAAUACACUCAAAGAUCGCGAAUGUAAGGAAGGUGAUGUGAUCAACUUCGAAUGCGAGGUCGAAGGUUGGCCGGAACCCGAACUCGUAUGGCUUGUUGAUGAUCAGCCUCUUCGGCCGUCACAUGAUUUCAAGAUCGAAUAUGAUGGCAUGAAUGCAAAACUUGAAAUUAGAGACGCUCAACCAGACGAUACCGGAGUGUACUGUGUUAAAAUCCAAAACGAAUAUGGAACAGAUGAGAGCAAAGCAAAAUUAGUUGUGGUACCUGACCCAGACAAAAACCAUGUCGCACCGGAGUUCCAGGCCGUAAUCGAAGACGUGGAAUGCAACGAAGGCGAUGAAGUUCGCUUUAAAUCCGUCAUCACUGGAGAUCCAAAUCCGGAAAUUACUUGGAUGAUUAAUGGAAUACCGCUUAGUGAAUCGGAAAAGGUCCGAUUCAUUUCCGAAGAUGGUAUCUGUAUUCUCAUAAUUAAAGAUGUAACACGACAUUUUGAUGGAACCGUCACAUGCCAGGGAUCAAAUCGACUCGGAACGACCAGCUGUGAUGGACGUCUUAAAGUACGAGUACCACCAGCACCUCCAUCAUUUGCAAAACCGUUGGAGGAUCGAAUUGUACAGGAAAACGCCGUGGUCUCAUUUGACGUCGAUGUUCUCGGUUAUCCAGACCCUACCGUUACAUUCUAUUUGAAAGGAAAAGAGCUGAAACACGGCAUGGAUGGUGUAGAUAUCGCUGGCGCAGAUGGUUAUUACAAGGUGAUCAUCUCCGGCUGCACAGUGGAUGCACACGAUGGUGAAAUUAUCUGCCGAGCAGUGAACGAGCACGGUACUGCUGAAAGUCGAGCUCGUCUAACCGUCGAACCAAUGGAAGAAGAAUCAAGAAGUGCUCCAACAUUUAUCAAAGACAUCGAGGAUCAGCACGGUACUGCUGAAAGUCGAGCUCGUCUAACCGUCGAACCAAUGGAAGAAGAAUCAAGAAGUGCUCCGACGUUUAUCAAAGACAUCGAGGAUCAGACCGUCAAGUACGGUGUGCACGCGGUCUUUGAGACCACAGUUCGAGGUAGUCCAAAUCCUGAAGUAACGUGGUUUAUUAACGGUCAAAAGAUGGACAAGGACACUCCUGGAGUGAAAAUCGAGUUCGUCAACCAUGAUCAUAAGCUUACAAUCGAUUCAGCACAAUACGCUGGAACGGUAUUAUGCAGGGCUGAAAACAUCGUUGGCCGAUUCGAGACGAAAGCUCGUCUGACAGUCAUUCCUCAGGAGAAACCAAAGAAAGCGCCACGAUUCACUGAAUUGCUCAGUGAUAUAACGGAAGUCGAAGGCAACACAGUUGUGUUCGAGGCAAGACUUGAAGCUGAGCCUAAGCCUGAAAUCAAAUGGUUCCGGAAGGAUGUCGAGAUUACCGGCUCAGAGAACAUUGUCAUCCGCGACUUCGACGGAUCCGUGAAACUUGAGCUACGAGGGAUCAAACUAGAAGAUGCCGGAGAGAUCCGUUGUCAAGCGACAAAUUCCGAAGGUUCAGCAAUUUCCACCGCACAACUUGGAGUGAAUCGUAAACCGUUCCCACCCUCGUUCGAUAAACAACCUAAGAGCAUAACGGUCGAAAGAGGGUCCGAGGCGAGGUUCGAGGCACAUGCAGAUGCUACUCCUGCUGCAACUUAUCAAUGGUCAAUAGAUGGGAGAAAGGUAAUGGUAUUUACUUUGUACAACUCAGAUCUGCCAAAAUCGACAUCUGUAAAAGACACUCAAUCUAGUAAGAUCCGCGAGAGUACAGAGGGAUGUCGUGUCGAGAUGGUCGACGGUACGUCAGUGCUGAUCGUGGAUACGAAUAUACAUUCAGUCUCGUCAACCAUCUCUGUAGUCGCCGAGAACAGUCUCGGAGCGGACGAGACCGGCGCUCGACUCACAGUUGAGGAGAAGAAGGUAUCUGAACAGAAGGUAGAAGUGUCUGGAAGCAAGACCUCUACCGAAACUAUCCAAGAAGGCAAAAUCGAGAUCUCACAGAUUGAAAUGGCUCCAUCGAAACCAACCGUGACAGAGGAAACGAUGAAGGAGGAAUAUCAUCAGGAAUUAAACAUCACUACCGAGCCAACUGCUCAGGUUAUCACAACCGAGCAGGUCUCUGAACAAAUGCAAGCGGCUACAGAAACCACUGGCACCGAAGUGCUGGAGUCGCUUGGAGGAAAAGUCGAGGAGGACGUCAAACAGGAGGCGCCGCAGACAGUCGAUGUUAAACCAACAACAAUCGAGAUGCCGAAAAUCAUGCGGGAUCUUAAAGACCAGACAGUUGUAAAGGGCGAGCAGUGCCACUUCGAAGUCGUCAUUGAACAUGCCACAGACACUCGGUGGUACCAUAACGGCAACGAAUUGAAGAUGACGACCGAAGGGGUUAAAAUCACUGAGGAGACCAAAUAUGUAUAUAAAUUAACGAUCGAUUCUUCGAUGUAUCCAACGGGUACGAUCUCCGUGAAGGCAACGAACGAAACAGGCUCAGUAGAGACGAAGUGUGAAAUGAAAGUUGUCGAAAAACCAGAACUGACAGAAAAGCUAAAGGACGUGGAAGCGACAUUAGGCGAACCAAUUAAAGUGGAUAUAGCCGCUAAAGGCAGUCCACAAUUCAAAUGGAUGAUAAAUGGACUGACACUUGAGGAUGGCAAAAAUGGCGUUCAUAUUGUCACUGAAGGCGACAAAUCUUCUCUGACAAUCGACAAAGCCGAACCCUCCCACACCGGAAAACUCAUGGUGAUCACCGUCAACGAGGCUGGUAUGGAGGAGUCAUCAUCGCAGAUUACAGUAUCUCCCAAAUCUACAGCUCCUCAAAUUUUGGAAGGGCCCAAGAAUGUCACCAUCAAGGAGUCGGAAUCUGUGGAGUUCAAGGCCAAAAUCACCGGCUAUCCCGAACCGACUGUCAAAUGGCUUAUCAACGACAAAGUGGUUGAAGAGAGCAAGACCGUAAAAGUGUGCCGAUACGAAAGCGAGUACUCGCUCCAGCUAACCGAAACCACUACCAGUUCCAGCGGUACGGUCAAGGUUACAGCGGAGAAUACAGUUGGCAGCGAUUCAAGCACAGCUGAACUGAAAGUGGAGCCAUCGUUGGCGGCACCAACUUUCAAGAGCCAGUUCACUUCGCAAACCGUAAAGGAGAACGAGCAGUUACAGCUUUCUGUUACCCUUGACAACCCUGAACCAAGUACAACAGUGAAAUGGUUCGUCGAAGGAAAGGAAAUGGAGUCAUCGCCAGAUGUCAAGGUAAGCGAUGAUGGAAACGGCACUUAUCACCUAACCAUUGAACAUAUCCGAGAAGAUCAAGCAGGAGCUGUAGUUGUAAGAGCCGUCAAUCCUGUAGGAGCAUGUGAAUGCUCAGGAAAGAUAGUCGUGGAGAAGGGAACACGCAAACCCGAAUUCACGAAAGUACCACAGAAUCACGACGUCUACAUCGAUGAAGACAGUGUGAAGUUCAGCGCUAUUGUGGUCGGGACACCUACACCCAAGAUCACUUGGUAUCUUAACGACAAGAAAAUUGAGAGCAGCGAAGAAAUCAAGGUCAAAUUCGAAGAGGAAACCGGAAAGACAUCAAUUCGUAUCUACAAACCCCAAAUUGCUCAAAGUGGUACAGUCCGAGUUGUUGCUGAAAAUAGUGAAGGAAGUGCAGAGGCUAAGGCAACCUUGAAGAUCAAUGAGCANCCCAAGUUCACCAGCAACAUGGACGAUCGUCAAGUCAAAGAAGGAGACACCGUAAAAUACACGUCAACUGUAGAAGGCUAUCCGGAACCGACGGUCGAAUGGCUGCUGAAUGGCGAGCCUAUCACCAAAUACCCGAACGUCACUGUAACCGAUGAUGCCGGCAAACACACCAUCGAGAUCAAGGAAAUCACCCCAGAACAAUCCGGUGAAUUGUCCUGCCAGGCCUCGAACACCAGCGGCACGAAGAAACAAAAUGUGCAGCUGAAUGUAAAGCGAGUAGGUGAAGCACCUACUUUCUCGAAAAACAUCGAAGAUCGCCUUGUCACCGAGGGUGAGGUAACCAUAAUGGAGGCAAAACUGAACGAGGUAAAACCGAAACCGACAGUAACAUGGUUACGAGACGGCAAAGAAUUCAGCAGUGACGACCACUUCGUACUGACCCAUGCCGAUGAUGGCACGCUUCAGCUUAAGAUUAUCUCGACAGCUAUGGAGGACAAGUGCAGAAUUACUAUUAAAGCCGAAAACUAUUUUGGAACUGCUGAAUGCUCCGCUUCAUUGGGUGUGGUGAAGAAGCGUCCCAUGGCGAAACCAGCAUUCCAAAGCGAUAUCGCUCCGAUCAAUCUGACAGAGGGAGAUUCGCUACAGACCAAACUUCUCAUUACCGGCGAUCCAACACCAUUCGUUAAAUGGUAUAUUAACAACCAGUUGGUUUGUGAAACCGAAGACACUGAAAUCAAGAACGUAGAUGGAGUGUAUUCACUUACAAUUCAUGGAGUUACGGCUGACAUGACCGGAAAAAUCAAAUGUGUCGCUUACAAUAAGAUGGGUGAAGUAUCAACAGAAGGACCACUGAAAGUUGUGGCACCGAUUCCCGUCGAAUUCGAAACAUCGCUAUGUGAUGCGACAUGCCGAGAAGGCGAUACGCUCAAGCUAAAGGCGGUUCUUCUCGGAGAGCCCACUCCAGUCGUUUCUUGGUAUGUCAAUGGCAAAAAAUUGGAAGAAUCCCAGAAUAUCAAGAUUCACUCUGAAAAAGGUACCUACACUGUCACCAUCAAGGACAUCACUUGUGACUACAGCGGAAAGGUUGUCUGCGAAGCCGUCAACGAGUACGGCAAAGCGUCCAGCGAGGCAAUGUUAUUGGUAUUGCCUCGUGGAGAACCGCCAGACUUCCUCGAAUGGCUAAGUAAUGUACGAGCCCGAAAAGAGACCAAAGUAGUGCAUAAGGUUGUCUUCACUGGCGACCCCAAACCAACACUAACAUGGUACAUCAACAACAAGGAAGUGACAAACUCAAGCGAGAUUUCCAUCGUCACUGAUGACAAAACUUCUACGCUCACCAUUAACAGCUUCAAUCCUGAUAUUCACGUUGGAGAAAUCAUCUGCAAGGCGGAAAACGAUGCCGGUGAGGUGUCGUGUACGGCGAACAUGGUCACCUAUACCAGCGAGAUGUUCAGUGAGAGCGAAUCCGAAGCACAAGCCGAAGAUGUGAUCGCUGACGAUAUGACGCUAACCGAUGAUGAAUCCCUUCGUGAAGAAUUGAUGCGAACACCUACACCAGUAAUGGCACCGAAGUUCAUCACGAAAAUCAAGGACUCCAGAGCAAAACGUGGUCACGAGGCCAUUUUCGAAUGUGUUGUACCGGAUACCAAAGGCGUAUGCUGUAAAUGGCUGAAAGAUGGCAAAGAAAUUGAACUUAUUGCUCGAAUUCGAGUCCAAACACGAACUAUCGAAGGACACGUCGCUCAUGAAUUAAUCAUUGAUGAUGUACGACCAGAAGACGCAGGCAAAUAUACCGUAAUUAUUGAGAACACUGCAGGUCAAGACCGAUGUGAAGCAACAUUGACAGUUGUUGAAACUCUCGAUAAAGUGCCAGAUCGUGCACCUGAGUUCAUCGUUCAACUAAAAGAUAAAUCUACAAUGACAAACGAGAAAGUUACUUUCGAAUGUAAAGUUGUCGGUGAACCAAAACCAAAUGUCAUUUGGUACCACGAAAAUAAAGUUCUUGAAGAACACGCUAGGGAAGUGUUUAUCGAAAGCGAGGAUGGCGUCGAGCGACUAGUCAUCACUUCCACUCAAGUAAAGCAUGAAGGUAAAUACAGCUGCGUUGCUGAAAAUGUUGCUGGAACAAGUCGUACUGAGGCCAUGCUGAAGGUGGAAGAAUACCCUGGAAGAUUCGAUCCACACUUUAAUUGUCGUGUGUUGCAUCCUCAAACUAACUGCAUUACAGCACUCGCACCAACAUUCACAAAAUGGCUCACGGAUCAAUCGAUAUCGAUCGGUGAACAAUUAAUUCUUUUCUGUGCGGUGAAAGGUAUUCCUCAACCUUCCGUGGAAUUCUACCGUGAAAACGUUAGAAUGCUAUCCUCGAAUCGGAUCUCUGUCGAACAUGAUAUAACAAAAACGUAUUGGAGAAUGUUGCUCAAGGAGACGUGUAGGAACGAUUUUGGAAUGUAUCGAGCUGUAGCGAAAAACACUGUCGGGGCAGCGAUUUCUACUGCUAAAGUUUCACAAAAAGUUACACCACCAAUAUUUGAGCAAGGUCUGAGAAGCUUAACGAUCACGGAGAAGGAAGAAAUUCGAAUGGAGGUGAAGAUAAUUGGCGCAGAGCCUCAAGUCUCAUGGUUUAGAGACGGACAGUUAAUACAGCAAGACGAGAUACACGAGAUUCGUCACGACGUUUCAUCUAGCACCUAUUCUCUGAUCAUAAGAGAAUCUCGAAGCUCACAUUCAGGAAAGUACACGGUGGAAGCGACAAACAUGGCAGGAACAGCCAAGAGCUCAGCUGAAGUACAAGUGAUUCAGAUUAAGGAAAUGCCUUCUCUGAUCAAGGGACUUGUGCACACUGAAGUGAAGGAAAGUGAAACAGCGACCAUGUCGGUAAUCGUUAAAGGAGUUCCAGUCCCAGAAAUCACAUGGAAGAAAGACGGUCAACCAGUUAACAUUGAUGGUUUACACAUCACUUCAACUAGGAUAUCCGAAUCCGAAUACUCACUCACCAUACAUUCCACCACCCUUCACGACGUUGGCUUGUACACGUGCGAAGCUAAAAAUAUAAUGGGAUCAGUCAUAACCUCAGCAACUUUAGCUGUCAUCCAAGAACAUGAAGCACCAACGUUUACUAGGACACUUGAAGCAGUACAAAUCAAGGAAAGCGAAACGCUUGAUUUGUCUGUGACCGUCACUGGUUCACCACAACCCACAGUU